AUGAAUCCGUCUACCAGUGUACCGUUAAAUGUGCUGUCAGGAUAUACUGAUAAUAUUAAUCAUACUAUUCGAGAGGUAUUUGAUAAUGAUUAUUAUGAAAUCAACGGUUUGCUCGAUCCAUUUAAAGACGGGACGCAAAACAAUGUGCAACAACAUGGUGAUGAACUGUACAUUCAAAGGUCGAUGGAUAAUGGUUUAGACGAAACGACUAGUGUAGAUUUACAAAUGAUACAAGCCGAUCAGGACUCAUCGUUUAUACAAUCUUCGGAGUCAGAUAUAGAAUUGCAUAAUCUAGAAGAAUUAUUAGCUCGAACAUCGAUUAGUGAUGUUUACUUAGGACCUGUUAAAAACAAUGAUGGUAAAAUCAUUCCUUUAGAUGUUGAACGUCGUGCAAUUCUCAAUAAUAGUCUGGAAUCAUUGCCAUAUUCUUCAAAAUCCCUUGCUUUUUCUCCACCUGGUAUACAAAUUAUAACAGAAAUGUGGACUACAUUUCUACGAGAUCGUUUGAGUCAUUGUAAUAGCCGUAUACACAAUAUGUCUGUAGAUAAUCUACGCACCUGUCUAUAUGAUCAUAGUUUAAAUCAAUUUGGAAGCACUACCGUAUUAAAACGUCGUUUACAAGAGUUUGUGCGACGAGCACGCGUAGCACAGUCAAUUGAUCACAAUAUUGAAAUCCAAAUCAGUGAUGAUGACGGAGAUGAUAAUGAGAAUAGCGGUUUCAGCCACGGUGGUCAUGAUAGUGUUCUUGGCGAAGUUAAUCUAAACUCUCAAAUAAUUAACAAUUGUGGGAAUGAUAGACGCAGACUGACAAAUCCAUCAGUUACAACGACGACAAAACUACUAAAACCUGUUAUAUUGACACCAGAUACAUUCUAUGACUACUUAUUAAUUAUUGACCUAGAAGCUACUUGUGAAUCAAAAGAGAAGAUAACCACUGAUGCCGACUAUCCACAUGAAAUCAUUGAAUUUCCCAUAUUACUAUAUAGUACAAGGUUACGCAAGUGCGUCAGUGUAUUUCAUGCUUAUUGUAAGCCAAGAUUACAUCCAGACCUUAGUGAGUUUUGUACAGAUCUAACACAGAUUCAACAAAUCCAAGUAGAUAACGCCCAACCAUUUCCUCAUGUUUUGUUACAGAUUGAAGAAUGGCUGUUCAAAAGACAUAAACUGGCCAACAAGAGAUGUGCCAUUGUAUGUGAUUGUAGUGCAGAUAUGAGUAAAUUUAUGCGUAUUCAAUGUCGUCUGGCUAACAUAUCUAUACCUAGUUGGGCCAAUAUAUGGAUUAACUUGACCAAAUCAUUUCGCGCUUUCUACAAGUUUCCAUCACGCUAUCGUAUAACAUUGAAUGUUAUGUUACAUGAUUUGGGUUUAUCUUUUGUUGGUCAGCGACAUCGUGGUUUAGAUGAUGCUAUUAAUAUACUACGUAUCGUACGUGUAUUAUUGUCAGAUGGGUGUUUGCUACGUGUCAAUGAACGUAUUGAUUUUGAUAGACCUCCUUCUUUUGUCUCCUCUGUACCAAGGCAUGUGACGCAGGUCACAUCAGGUUUGAUGGGGAGCAAACUGGUUUUACUAUCACCAUCUCCACGAAAAAACAAAUCAAACAGUACCGGGAUUGGUCGUCACAAUCGUACUGUUGGAAACAAACACGUAACUUCAAGUGAUCUUGACGACAGCAAUCGAGAAUCGUUAUUAUGGUUAGCCAGUAUUCAGAAAACUCGGAUAAAUAGAGAUAAUUAAGCAUGUUCAAAUUUUCAUAUUUCGUUUACACUCUUUCAAAGUUUAGCGUAGUAGAUGUUUCUUUUUUCAUUAGUAACUUUUGUUUCUAUCUUUAUGCAUAACUAACUCAUAUGUCCUAAUGUAUGUUUAUUUUGACUGUUUUCUAUUAUUCAAGUACUAUAAAUAUACUGCACAGAAAUAUAUACAGUUGCAAACUGGUAAAAUGACCAGAAAUUAAGUAACCUAUUCGGUUGGAUUAUUUGCCACUAAAUAUCUAUAAAAAAUAGUUAUGUGGAGAUUUAUUUUUCGUGUGUUUAUGAUUUCUCUCCCUAAUCUUAUGUUUUAUUCUCAGCUUCCUACCAAAAAGCCUGUAUGAUUGAUUGUCUCAGUUAAAAGGGAAUGAUGAUAAUAAAGUAGUUAACCAAACUUCUAUUAUUUGUUUCUGGUUGUCUGCUUUCUAUCAGUUUUCUUUUAACGUUAAAUUACAACGAUAUGUAAGCUUAAUUAUUUUUGCUGUCUUAAAAAAGUUCAGGUUUUAUUCUGUACACAGGAAUUUUGUGAUGGCCUAUGGAUUAAUGUCACAAAAUCCUUUCUUCCUAUGCUCUUUAUUUGCAUGUAUUAGUCUCUUUUAUUUAGAACAUUUUGUUUCAAUAUUUUUUAUUAUGAACUGGUGCGAUGUAAUAUAAAGUAAUUGAAUUAUCUCUAUGUCAGAAUAAUAAUGAUUGUUUAUUGAUACGUUCUCUUUGACUGCAGCUAUCACGAAUAAUUCAAAUAGAAAUCCAUUUGUACAUAGUUCCGAUUUUUUCUAGUAGUAUGUUCUUUACACGUUAAGCGAACAUUUAUAACUUAAAAGGUUUUAUUUUGAGGUUGGGAGAAUUCCGUUGUGAUGAAAUACAUUUCCUCAUAUUUCAGGUCACAACUACAGUUAACGGUAUUGAUUUCUGAUUAAAUAUAAGCCACACAAUUGUUUAAUUAGUAUUGUAUUGCACAAGACACCAUACAACUUGAUACGUAUAGUGAAAGUGUGAUUGGUUGCUGAGCGCGGACAAACAGGCACUUAGCCUAAUUAACUAUUAAACAUGUGAUUCCCUUUCCUCCCAUUGAUCUCUAUUCCAAACUCACCGAGUUUCACUGCUUGUAACUAUGUUGAAUAAAUUAUUAUCUAGU